UGAAAAACUGCAAAAGAGUGAGCAAAGGUUAGGUAGGUGGAUGGGACAUAGGAACCAUCUUCCUUCAGGUGAGAAAAUGAUGCGUAUUGAACAGCUAGAGUUAUUUAAAGGCUCAGAUCCUUUGUUUUUAUCCUUCACAUAUGAUUGGGGUAGCACUUCGCAUUGCAGAGAAAUAAUGAGGCAAAAUUGUGCAGUUUAUUGAAGAUGAAUCCUGCCAUUCAGGCUGCUCCACUUGAAGAUAAACGAGGUGAUGACAGGUGGAAUUGUAUUCAUAAACAUUUCUUGAUUGCUGCUAGAGAACAAGAACCAGAUGUACUUUUUAUAGGAGAUUAUGUUGUUAGUAUGGCAGCUCAUACUGAAAUGUGGGAGAAACUUUUUGUUCCUCUUCAUUGCUUAAAUUUAGGAAUUGCUGAAGAUGAGACGCAGAAUGUUUUGUGGAGGAUUCAAAAUGGUGAAAUUGAUGCAACUAAUCCAAAGGUAAUAGUUUUAUCAGUAGGGGCUAAUAAUGUAUCUCAUUCGGUUGAUCAAAUAGUAGCUGGAAUCCAGUCUUGUGCGCAGGCAAUUCUUGAUAAAAAACCAAAUGCUGUUCUUAUCAUUCUAAAACUUCUUCCAUGUGGUCAGCAUCCAAAUCCUCUGCGAACUAAAAUACAGGAAGUUAACAAGAAAUUAAAGAGUGCAUGCCAGGAGUUUCCUAAUACUCAAGUUAUAGAUAUUGAUCCAGGUUUUAUCCUUCCUGAUGGAUCUAUAUCUCACCAUGACAUGUAUGAUUAUUUACAUCUUACACGAUCUGCAUAUAGUAAAUCAUUUGAAAUUUUGUAUGAUCUUCUUCAACAAAUAUUGACUGAUAAUGCUGAAGAUUUACAGGAGACAGAAUAGUAAUGUGAAGU